AUGGUCAAAUUCAAUACCGCUGUUUAUGACAUUGGUUAUCCCAUAUAUGGUGCUAAAUUUCUUAAUGAUCAAACUUUAUUAGUUACAGGUGGUGGUGGUGAAGGUAAUAAUGAAAUAUCAAAUAGAUUAACUGCAUUAACAAUAAAUUUAAACAAAUUGAAAAAACCUAUAAAGAAAUUUAGAGAAUUGAAAUUAAAUGAUGAAAAUGAUGCACCAAGUUGUUUGGAUUCAAAUAAUAAUGUUAUAUUAUUAGGUUGUAAUGAAGCAACUUCAACAAUUCAAUCAAAUGGACAAAAUAAUAAUUUACAAAAAUUUAUUUAUAUUAAAGAUCAUUUAAAAUUUAUUACAUCUACUUCUUUGGAACAAGGACAAACUAAUCCCUCUAUUUAUCAAAAAUUUAUAAAUAUUUCUUCAAAUGGUUCAAUUGCUGCUAUUGCGUCAAGUUCAAUCCCAACUAUAAUUCAUAUCUUGGAUCCAGUUAAUCUUUUUGAAAAAUAUGAAAUUGAAACAAAUAAUGAAGUUAAAGAUCUUGAUAUAAGUCCUGAUGGUAAAAAUUUAACUUAUAUCACCAAGACAAAUACCAUUGAAAUCAUUUCUAUAAUCACAGGAAAAUCUUUAUUACGUCGUAUUGAUUUUGAUUUAAAUAUAAAUUUAAAUAAAGUUAAAUUCAUAAAUAAUGAUCAUGUCUUAUUAGGUGUCUCUUUUAAAAAUGAAAUUGGUAUUGGUUUAAUAAAAUUAAGUUUAAAUGGGAAACUGAAAACUAUAAAACAAAAUCUUCAAAUUUCCAAAAAGAUAAAAUCAAUAAAUUCAAUUGAUAUUAAUUCUAAAAAUGGUGUUAUUUCAAUAGCAGGUAAUGAAAAUUCAAUAAUUUUAUUUAAAUUACAAUCAUUAAAAAAAAUUAAAAUUUUCAAUAAUGUUCAUCUUUUAUCAAUUUCAAAAUUAACAUCAUCACCAAAUGGGAAAUUUUUAGCUUCGGUUUCUGUAUCAAAUACAAUAAAUAUUAUUGAAAUUCCAGAUCAACUGGGUGUGGAGACUCAUUAUAUCUAUUAUUUCUUCUUGAGAUCUUUCCAAAUUUUGGUUUUUGCAUUAUUGGUUAAAUUUGGUUUAUGGUGGUAUGAACAUAGAGACCAGGGGAAUUCUGUUGAUUUUAGUGAAUAUUUUACAUUGAAUCAAAGAUCUAUAACUUCAGGACCUACUUUGACUGAAGAUCUGGGUAUUGAAUCAACUUUAACACCAGAGUCAACUAUUACAACUGAUUUAAUUACAAGAACUACUGAUUUAGUUUCAACAACUGAUAUUGUGGAUGAAAGACAAGUUGAAAAUGAUAAUUUGGAAAAUUCUGAUGUUGAAUCAAGUCAAGAUGAUGUUAAAACUUUAAUUGAAGAAAUUAAUAAAGAUCCAAUUAGUAAUAUUGAAGAAGUUAUUAAAACUUUAACAACAUCAACACCUUCAAUUGAAACUCCAUUGGAAACACCAGCUGAAACAUCAACUGAAACAUCAAUUGAAACACCAUUGGAAACAUCAUCACCAUAUUCCAUUGAGACUCCAUUAACCACAUCUUUAUCUUCAUCUGAAUACACACCAACAAUUGAAUCAACAUCGUUCCCUCAAAUCAAAACUGAAAAUCAACAAUUUAAAGAUGCAAUCCCAUUAGAAAAUCAAUAUAAAUCAUUUGAAAUAAAUCCAACAAUUUCAAAACCUGUUGAUGAAACAAGUUCAAUAACACAAUUAAACGGGUCAGACUCAUCAGACUCAUCAGAUUCAAAUAAAACUUCAUCAACUUCAAUUGGGAAAAAGAAGAAGAAAUCUAAAUCUAAAAAAUCUAAAAAAAGAAAGACUAGAAAGAAUAAACUUUUAACUUUAUUGAACUCAACUGAAACUUAUGAACCAAGCUCUGAAAUUGGUUCAAUUGAGAAAUCAAUUCCAAUUGAAACUAGUAUUUUGACUGAAACUGAGACUCAGACCGAGAAGGAAUUAGAAACAAAAACUAAAACUCAAACUGAAACAGAGAAAGAGUUGGAAACAGAAACUGUUAUUGAUCCAGAGAUUGAAAAUUUAACUUCAAAAUUAGCCUCAAAAUUAAAUGAUUUUUCAAGUUCAAAACAUUUACAUAAAGAUGAAGAAAUUACAACUACCACCGAUGAGGUUAUUAAUACAGAGAUUGAAAUAUCAACUAGUACAGAAGCAGACCCUGCUGAAACAGAAUUGAAAGUUAGAGAUGUUGAAGAAGAAUCAGAUUCAAAUGAUUCAAGUGAUUCAAACUCAUCAGAUUCAGAAUCAGAAAGUGAAACAUCAUCAGAUUCAGAAUCAGAUUCAGAACCAGAUACAGAAUCAACAUCAUUAACCAACUCAUCAGAAUCCACAACAAAAGAUAAAGUCCCAUCAGAAUCAAAAGUUGCAGGAACAUCACCAUUAGAAAUUGAAAUAACAACACCAACAGGCACAUUAACUCAAACUUCAUUUGAAAUUCAAGAAUCAAAUACUUUAAAUUCUUCAAAUUUACAAGAUGAUGAAUUAGAAGAUGUUUCUAAAGUUGCUAAACCUGCACCAGUUAUUGAAACUGAUGAAUCAACCCCAGAAACACCAGUUGCAGAAGAUGUUGAAACUGAGGUAGUUAUGAGUGCUGAUGAAGCGGAUGAUGAAGAGUCAAGCGAUGAAGAAUUGGAAACAAAUGUUGAAAAUGAAAUUAAAGCCAAGGAAACUUCUGAUUUAGAAAUCCCAGUUGAUGAUGAAGUUAAAACUGAUUUUGAUGAAGAUAAGAAUGAAGAUGAAUCUGAAGUUGUUGGUGAAGAACCGGAUGUUGAAGAUGUUGAAAAAGUUGAAGAUUCUGAAGUUCAAGAAGAUGCUUUAGAAUCUAAAGUUCAAGAAGAAGAAGAAUCAGAAGCAGAAGAGUCAAGUGAUGAUAAUGAUGAGGAAUCAGAAUCAGAAUCAGAAUCAGAGGAAAUUAAUGAUGAAAUAACCGAAUCUAAAGAAUUUGAAACCUUGAAUGCUACCAAAUCCCCAAAAGAAACAAGCCAAGUUGAAAUUGAAAAAAAUGAAUUAGAAGAAGACGAGGAAAAACAGAUCAUUGGUGAUGUUGAAGAGGAAGAGGAAUCAGAUUCAGGAUCAAGUGAAGAAUCAGAAUUAGAUUCAGAAUCAGAUUCAGAAUCAAGUGAAGAUGAAGAAGAAGCGAGUGAAGAAGAAAAUAAAGAAUCUUCAUCAAAUUUGAAAUCAAAGACAGAAUCCGAUGAAGAUGAAGAAUACAUCACUGCUGAUGAAGAUGAAUCCAUUGAUUUAAAUUCAGAUGAAGAACAAGAAGGCGAUCUAGAUUCAGACCAAGAUUCAAAACCAGAAGAUGAACAAGACUCAGAACCAGAAGAAUCAGAAGAUGAAGCAGAAGAACAAGAUUCAGAAGACUCAGAAGAAGAAGAAGAAUCAGAUUCAGAACCAGAAGAACUAGAAGAAGAUAAAAAAACUGAAUCAAUAAUUAAUCAUGAUGAAUUAUGA